ACCAAGAUGGCUGCACACUCAGGAGGAGUAGAUUGGGCUGCCGUUUUAAAACCCUUUUUAACCAGUUCAAGUGAAAAUGCGAACAAAAACGAUACGCUCAAUUUGGUGAAAACCAUCAUUCAAAAUGAAAGCGAAAUAUUGGAUCACGAUGACUGCCAUAAGCAGUUUUUCGACAGUUUUGUGGUGCUGGCAGCUGAAAAUAUCACCAAUCAGGUUACUUCACUGUCCCAGACCCAGCUGCCACAGUUUGCGGAGGCAGCUACAAUCCUUAUGCGAUACAUUUUGCACCAUUUGGAUGUCCAGGCACCUAGCAAACCAAACAUUUUGCUUAUGGCACUCAAGGUCCUUUGUGAGGGACGUAAAGAGUCGGAACAUACAGUGGGAUGUUCUUCAGCUUCAUCCAUCAUUUCUGCUAGCGGUAUGAAGUACAUCAAGUACCCUGAAGCUCACAGCAAAUCAUCCUCGGUUGGUGGUGGCAGUAGUUCUUCCGGGGUUGGUGGUGUCGGUGGAGGUGGAAGCGGUACUGAAAAAGACAGCCCGAAAAGUGAAAUGAAGCGUUCGCGCUCAGAUCUUUCGACUGUGAUUCUACAACAACUGAUCACUCCUCUCGGAGCAGGCGUUUUUACGUUUGCGACGCUGAGCGAAGAACAAAUCGAUUGUACGGAUUUAUUCAUCAAAUCAAACAUUCAAUAUUUGCAAGGUAUAAACGGUGGAGAUACUUUGUUCAAAUGGUGUACUGAUUCACUGACAACACUAGCAAAAUAUCGCACCAAAUACGAGGAAUGUACCGUACAGGGUAAACCUUUGUAUCUCCCUAUUACGACAACCGAAGCUACCGCCAUUAAGACCAAUCUUUCCCAAAUCGAAUCAGACAUUUCAAACUUACUGCUUGCGGUAUCUUUGCCAGUGCUUGAACCACUGACCCCUAACAAGAUCUCGUUUUUGUCCCAGUGCGCUAUGUCCGCACUGUAUUGCGCGGUGUUGACCUCUACGGCCACCAGCGUUUUACUGAUGGCUGCCAGUGGAUCGCAAAAGAGUGCUUCUUCAACGCAACUUCAGCAGAAAGAACAGCAAACUACUGGGACACAGUCGCAGAAGGAAAGCGACGAGGAAGAAGAUUAUACCAGAAUUGUAGUCGACCGUGGUUUGGAAAUAUUUACCAAAAUUGGUACCAUCUUGAAAAGUUCCACCCGAACUCAUAUUUAUCAGAACCACGUCUGUAUGGGAGCCUGGUUGUUGAUUUCAGGUAUCCAGGGAACAAUGGGUGCUUCUAGUAACCCAGGCGGAGGAAAUGUUCAGCAAGCAGCUACCGUGAAAGCUUCCGAGGAAAGUUUAAAGGGAAGAAGCCCGUUGAAAACUUUGGAUGUUCCACAAAUGGCUUCAGCUGUUCCAACUCCCGCUUUGAGAGUAAACCUCUUCAAAGUUCAACAAGGAUUUGGUGUUCUCAAUGCCGCCGUUGCACGUCACAGCAUUUCACUUUUGACGGAACUGAUUGAUGAUUUGAAAAUAGAUUCUCGUUCCGAUGAUGACGAGUAUAGCAGCAUCGAAUCAGCUGGAUUCGAUAUUCUCGGACAGUAUUCUUCCAUCCAACGGGUGGUUCGCGUACUGAACAGCGCAACUCUGCAACAAUUGAUGACCUUUUUAGCAACGGUGUCCUACCGUAAGGCUUGCACCUUACGUAGAAUCAACACCAAGAGCACCAACGAAGGCGAACCCAUGAGUUAUAGCGAUUCUACAACUUACUACAAUGAUACUUUCUCCUGUUCAGAAGAAAGCGAACCAGAAGAAGAAGAUAGCGAUAGCUAUCUUGGGCUAUGGUUCAAAGAAACGUUAUCGCCGGAGGCAAACGAAGAUUUAGCAGAAACACAGGAGCAGGAGAAAAAAGAUGAAAAGCGGCAUGGCAGCAACCUAGUUUCAGCGAAGGAUGAACCCCAUGAAUAUCUAAAUUUAAGCUCGCUGAUUUUCAACUUUUUCGACGUUUCCCUCGGAGGUCAACACAUUUAUUUGAAUCGUUACGUACGCACAGGUCUAAGCGAGCAACAAAUGGUUCUGUUGGCAAACAUCCUUAGAGACCUGGAUCGCGACUCGGCCCGCGGAGACCCUGACAAUUCUGGAUGCCUUCAGUGGCAGAAUGCGAUGGUGAAAUUUUCCGGCUCUGUCGGUCGCUAUCUGCACAAUUUGAUCUCUAACUCUCUAUUGAACGAAUCACUGCAAUCGGCACUUCUGCUCCAUUUGGGAGUUUCUCCCUGGACACAGGACUCUAUUAUUUGGCCAUUGCAAGUGUACUCGCGUACGUUAGCUGUGCUUGUACAAAUUUUGUUGCUGAAACCAUCACAGGAAAAAGAAGCAGCUUGUCUAUCAGUUUGGCACCGGUUGGUGAAUACAUUGGUCGAAGGUGUGUGCUCCAACCAAACCAUUCCAAGUGAAUCGGAAAUCGAGGACCUAAAUGUCGAGCAUGCUCAAUUGCUACUAUUUCUGUUCCACUCACUGAACUUGAUGCAGAAAAAAUCCAUUCUUCUAUUAACUGCGGGCGGAGUGAUUCGCUGUUCAGAAGUAUGCCGUUCUGUUACGCCGGAGAAACCACUGCGCGAUCACCAAAUUAUGCUGCUAUCGAGAUUGCUCCUAUUUCUAGAAUAUCUCAUGAAGCAUCUAUACAAUCCACCCAAUGUUCUGCUGGAGCAAGUUCGCUGGAAUCUCUUCAGUGUGUUUACUUUGGAUUCGGAUCAAAAAAUUUCCGAUCUUAUUAACUACAAAACUAAAAUGAUGUCGUUCUGUCGUAAAGAUAUUGAAGACAAGCAUCGAAAACUUGCAAACGAAUACAGUGUCGGAGGGGUAAAACCAAAAUUCUACUCCCUUACCACGGUGGACUCUAAGAUUCAACAAGAGUUCAAACUGGACGGCCUUGCAUGGAAUUUCAUUCUUUGCACUCCGGACAAGCUUAAGUAUCCGUGGUUGAUUGAUGCACUAAUUGACAUCCUAAGUAUUACGGACAUGUGUCUGGCCAAGAUUCCUUUCCAGACGCUAUGUGCAGUGCACUACUGUUUUAGUCUAUGCUGGAAACUGUUACUGGGUCUACCUCCUUCAACCCAACAUGUGGAGGCACUCAUGCAGGAAAAGGUUCCCAAUCUGCACUCGCUGUUGUGGUCGAUCAGGUGCCUACAUCCCAUUACUCACUCGCACUAUCUCAUUGUGAAUAGUUUGGUAAAACAGGGUAUGUACACUCAAUCGGCGGAGGCACUGUGGAAUCGCCUUACUGAUCACGUUUCCGACGUCAAAUACAGUCUCAAGCUUACAAUUCAAGGUCUAGAGUCGUUCGCUACUAGCUUCAUAGCGGAUCAACCGCGUUUGUCAAAGAUAAUACUUUUGGACAGUUUGGUUUCGCAUCUGUAUGCAAUCUGCUGGGCAGAGAAAGAAGGUGUUAACACCAAGACUAAGUCGACCAAUACUAGCAGCAGUUCUUCGAGCACCAGUAGCAGCAGCUCAACUAGCAGCAAUAGUAGCUCAACUUCAACCUGUUCUAGCGGAAGUGAAUCCAGUGUUGGACCCUCUGCUACCGGUGGAGCUCAAUCUCAACAGCCUAACGUAACAACUGGAGUUGCGCCCAGUGCCGAUAUCUCUUCAACCACGGGUACCGCACUAGAAUCUACCAAAAUGGCUUCAAGAAAUGAUCUAACUAAAGCACUUAUGUCAAAGCUGAUGGAGGUGUUGGAAAUUGUAAAAGAUGCAACCUAUAAGACGAUGUUUCUUAACUUAAGCGGGCAAGUUCCUGCCUCGCUAAUCGAGCCACUCAUCGCGAUUUGCGGUUCUAAAAAUACUAUUUGUCAGGAUUUAUCUACACAGUUGAUAGCGCUGAUCACCGGACAGGAUAAGGAUGUCAUUUCCGUAGAAUGGCGUAAGAACUUAUCAAUUUCAAGUGAAGAAAGUUUCACUAGCGGCUCUUUUCCUGUGGAAGUGCACACUUUAACCGUUAUCGAUGGUCACUUGAUAGAAACUUCUAAACAUCUUACAUACUCAAUUCUGCUCUCCCUAAAACAUACUCUAAAAUCGUGUAUUAAUCUUAUCAGCUACAUGCUCCCAAAUUACGAUGAUAAACAGUUAGACGACAAACUAAAGGAAAUUUUAGUACCAAUGGUUUUCGAUUUACGCUCAGAAUACAUAUACGACGUUGUUAACAAAUGCUUGGAGUCCCUUCUGGGAGGCGAUUCAAGCUCGGAAACCUACCAGCUAUUGGCGUAUUCCAACAUUCUUCAACACAGCUACCAAUUCUUGAUUCAGUACACCGAACUGUCCGCCCAGGGGCAAGCGAUCAACAUCGAAGAAACGGUACUUCAUAACAUCAUCAAAUACUGGGAAACUAUGCUUGACAAAACAAUCGGUUUGAAGGCGAUGCGAGAAUUUUUCUACGGAUCCAGAAAAGGAAAUUUGGUCCAAGUAUUACUAUCGUUCACUGGUACUGGUCUAUCGCAGAAAUACGCCACCAAAGUGUUGCAAUUCUUCGAAAAACUCUUCGCCGCUUCGGAAAAACUGGAUGCUCAGUUUGACGAAGAAGAAGUCGGUAGCUGCAUCGGUGAGUUGGCCAAUGCAGACGCAUCCAAGUUGAAAAGCUGGCUCAGCCACAUUCUUCUUGGACCACGUGGAGUAAGUUUGAAUACCGGUGGCUCCAAUGCUUCUAGCAAUGUCCCUACACCCACGAACAUGGCAACAGUUUCAGCUAUUCCCAGUAUUACCGAUCAGUUAGCGGUCUCCGGUAUAUCUGACAAUAAUACCGGCAAUAACGCUUCCGUUGGCGCCGAAGCGGAUCCGAUGGAUGUCGAUUACGAGUGCUUACCGUGGAACAGAGAAACCAGUCGUACCGGUAACGAUACCGUGGAUGAAGCGCUCGAAAAGAAUGGAAAAUUACUGCAAACUUUGGUUAAAUACAUUGUAACCGAGAACCGUAUUCCGGCGAGCGUUUCGGAAGCUCUCUUCCAGGCUUUGAUUCAAAUCGGACACAAUCUGCUUUGCCCAGCACAGGAGGCAAUCGAAUUUGCUGAUCUCUUGCAAGUCAUGAUCACUUUAGCUGAUGCCGGCAAGGGACGCGGACACGCGGUUCUGUUUACUGCUGCCAUCGAUUGGUUGGAGAUAUCGAAAAAUCAAGUUCUGGAAUCUAAGGUAAACAAGAACGGUCCAAAAGCGGCUGUUCAAUUGGAAAAUGUUACCGCUAUAUUAAAAUAUAUGAGUGACCUGCUUCUUGGUUUGGGAGCAUCCGGCAGUCGUGCCAUACAUCCUCCGUGGGAGGAAGAAACUCCGCUUGAGGCGGAAGAUAUUUUGGAUGAUUUAGGAGGCGACGACGAGGAUAGUGCCGUUGAAGAUUCCGAUGAGGACAGUCUCAGUAACAAAUUGUGUACUUUCUCGAUAACCCAAAAAGACUUCAUGAAUCAACACUGGUAUUACUGUCACACUUGCAAAAUGGUAGAUGGUGUGGGUGUUUGCUCCGUUUGUGCACGUGUGUGCCAUAAAAAUCACGACAUUAGUUAUGCUAAAUAUGGAAACUUUUUCUGUGACUGCGGUGCGAAGGAGGACGGCUCAUGCCAAGCUUUAUCUCGUCGCAGUAAUUCGGGUCAUGCAGAUGACUCCAUACUGGGAUCAGCGUUGCCACGAUCCUCCGAAGCGGACUCUGUUUUACUGACCAGCUCACUUCGCCGCCGAGCAUCAAGUCCAACAAAUCAAACAAACGCAUCUGGAACAGGUCAGAUGUCGGAAAAGGAACAACUGUUAGCUAAAAUUAUCGAGAGCUCCAGAGAUGCCCUAGGUAAUCCGGAGCAAUGGAAGACCGUGGUUCGUUGCAUUUUGUCAUUCUUCGGAUUGCUGUUGCCCUCCGUAAAAGAGCAUUGUGCCAAAUAUUCCACCGUCGGUUGUCACCUGCGUGCACGCAAUGCUCUAGAACGUCUGCAUCAAGCGGAAAAAUCGUACUCAUUCAGCGAUCAAAUCAUGGUCGCUACACUGGGAUCUCAAGAAGGUGCAUUCGAAAAUGUACGCAUGAAUUUUUCUGGAGAGCAAGGUCAAACAAUAAAACAGUUGCUUUCGUCGAACCUGGUCCGUCGCGUUGCGUUGUGCUGUUUAGCAUCGCCCCACGGCAAGCGUCAACAGCUAGCCGUUUCCCACGAAAAAGGCAAAGUAACUAUCCUCCAAUUGUCCGCUCUGCUUAAACAAGCUGACGCAGCGAAGAAGAAGCUUACAUUGACCAGACUGGCCUCGGCACCUAUUCCUUGUACAGUACUUUCACUCGCGUCAAAUCCAGCGAACGAAGAUUUUCUAGCAGUGUGUGGAUUGAAGGAAUGUCAUAUUCUCACUUUCACCAGUACUGGGGCAACAAAUGAGCACAUCAUACUUACGCCACAGCUGGAAACUGGAAACUUUAUCAAACGAGCAAUUUGGUUGCCGUGCUCGCAAACGAAGUUGGCUCUUGUAACUGCUGAUUUUGUCAAGAUUUACGACCUCGCCGAAGACAGUUAUAGCCCACAGUACUAUUUCCUCGUUCCAAGUGGCAAAAUUCGCGAUUGUACAUUCGUCUACCAAGAAGACAUCUACCACAUGCUGAUCAUGUCCUCACAUGGCUACAUAUACACUCAACCCUUGAUAGAUGAAAGUUUGGCCAAACAUGGUCCAUUUUAUGUAACCAAUACUCUGAUGCUGGAUCACCCAUCGAUCACCGAUGAUAACGGCCAAAUACUGGCCGGUGGAGUUUCUAUUUACUACUCUCAUGUGCUACAGAUGUUGUUCUUCAGUUAUGUUGCAGGUCGCAACUUUAUGGCACCAUUGACAAACGUGUAUCAAGGAGUCAAAUGUGUCAUCAAUUUGAUCUCCAAUCCGGCAUCCAAAGUAUUCUCUAAAUCGACAACUCAGCCUCUUUGUCAAUGGACCGAAAUUCCUGGCCACCCUGGACUUAUUUGCGCGAUGAUGCAAAAUCUAAAUAAUCCUGUAAUAUUUAUGAUAAAGCCCGACGGCUACGUAGCCCAGGAAAUAAAAGCUCAGAACGCAAAGGCUAAAAUAAUGGAUAUGGUCGCCAUACGUCACUCGGUUUCCGGUGUUGAAAAGACAACGCUGAUUCUACUUUGUGAAGACGGUAGCUUGCGAAUCUAUGCCGCUCAUCCGGAGAAUACUGGUUAUUGGUUGUCGCCAGAAAUUCAACCCAUUGGAAAUCAGUUCCAAACGGGGGUCUAUUCGAAGUCACGCAAAUCGAAGAAAUCGAGCAAACAAGCUAGCGGUGGUCAGCAGAGUGGAAAGAGUGGUUCAGGUUCGACUCCAAAUUUCCCGAUAGAUUUCUUCGAGCACUGCACUUUGAUGAACGAAGUCGAGUACGGAGGAAAUGAUCUGUUGCAAAUUUAUAAUACCCAACAUUUGAAGCACCGGUUAAAUUCCACAGGAUUAUACGUUACAUCAACAAGAGCGAAUGGCUUUACGUUAGAUGUUAAUAACAGUGAUCCCAACAUGGUUAUGACAGGAGUACGUGUAUCAAUCGGCUCUCAGGAUGUAAGCAAGGCCCCACAAAAUGUGACUAUACUAGGAAGAAUUAUACCAACCGUUGCUACCCGGGCCCGUUGGUUCGAUAUUCCUUUAACUCGAGAAGAAAGUCUACAGAGUGACAAAAAAUUAAGCAUCCUAUUUGGACCGUCUCAAGACGCUGAAAAUAUAACUAUUCUGGACAGUAUUAAAAUCUAUGGCAAAACGAAGGACGUUUUUGGUUGGCCAGAAGAAUCGGAAGAUGUCGGCUCGUCGUCUCAGAUGAAUUCUAUUGCGCAGGCACCGGGCCAGAUGACUAACUCAUUGAAUGGUGCCGAAAACGGAGAUGGCAGCGGAGGCUCCGGAAUGACGGUUACACCGCUUGACAAGAUGGUUUCCACAAUGCUACAAGUAUUGGACAGUGGUGUGUCGCUACUCGGAGGACCUAAUAACGAAGAGUCGUGCAGACAAACCGCUGUAGAUGUGGCCACUUCAUUGAUACUGUAUCCUACCACCAAUCAAGUUCAACAAGACGCUCGAAACUUACUAAUCGCCUGUCAUCCCACCAAGGCGGCAUAUCAUGCGUACAAGGAUAAGGAAGUGCUAGCGGACAUCAAUGAACAGCUGCAGAAAAUGACCGAUGCGCGUGAUUAUAGGAACAUUGAUCCGGAAGCGUUCUAUCGGGUAGUGCUCAUGACUCGAGGAAUUGCCAUUCAGCGACCGCAAGCGUUAACCAAGAUCUGCUCGGAGAACAAUUUCCCAAUUUUACAGCAGCUGAUGCAAUUGAUGAAAGAUUUAUACAAAAUAACACCAGCCUUCGAAGAACCACUGGCUAUCGUGAAACAAGGCUUAUCACAUGUUGAAGCUGUCGUCUACUCUUUGGUGGAGAUUAUCUACGCAUUUGCGUUGUCCGAAAGUGAUAUGAUUGGAUCGAUGACAAAGUUUUUCGUAGAGUUACUACUCGAUCCUGCUCCAAUAAUCAGUCACAGCGCCAAGCAAGCGAUGAUCCGUUUGCUCCGACCAAAAAUACGUCGCAGAAAGGUUUUGAUUGAAAGCCCCCCUGUAUGCUCUACUCCUACACCGUUGGCAACCGGUGGAACUGGUCCUGUGCCAUCAACAUCAUCACUUCCAUCUACUUCAUCGAUUGGAACGGGAGCAUCAGCGGGAGCAGUUGCCAGUGGAGGAUCAGCUGCAGGGGAAGAUUUUGCCGGUGCUAUGCAAGAGGUAGACGCAAUAGAAUCUCUUGGACUGGAACCUGCCGGUGGAAAUCAAGCGUUGGCCUCUUUGGAAGCCUUGCUCGGGGUUGGCUUUCCGCAUUUACUGGAAACUCCCGAUGCUGACGAUGAAACCAUUAUGGAGAUCGCAAUCGCUCUAAGUUUGCAGGAUAAUGAGACUGAUUUGGCUGCGCUGCAGCAGAGCAUUGCCCAGUAUCAAGGAAGAAAUCGAAAUCAAGCCCAAGGAUUACCAGCUGCAAUCGCAGGGGGAUCUUCGUUUAAUGUAGAAUCCAAUACAUCCGGUGGCGGAUCGGAUGAUGAUGAAAUUUCCAAUGUAGCUACCGAGGGAUCCACUCUAAGAACAUCCCCGGCAGGAGAGCAUGCAGGCAGUGGUAGUGGUGGAUCUGAAAGCGGUUGCAGUGGUGUGGAGAGUAUUGGCGGAACCUCUGGGCGUAGUUCUACCUACGAAGAACAGCCUAAUCCAUCCCCGCCUAGAACGUCAGGUGUUGAUCAAAUACCACCUCAACCGGUGGCUCCUCCAGAAACAGAGGAGACCGGUAGUGAAAAUGCCUGUAAAUUACACGUACUGAGGUACUCAAUCCUGAACAAAUUGGUUGACAACUUUGCUGCGUUGGAUAAUGUUAAUGGAUCGCAGUGUAUUCCCUUCAUGCAAACUAUUCUAAUGCUCACCUCAGAUUUGGACGGCAGUCAGGAGGCAGAUCAGCAAGUGAUGAAUCGGUUGCUUCAAGCGCUCAUCGAUCGACUAGAAAUUGCAUCUACCAAGAUCUAUGAGAUGUCGAACCGUAGCUCGAAAACCGAAGUCCAGUUGAUUAUUCUUCGUCUGGUUGGUGUACUGAUGGGUAAAGUGAAAUCGAAAUCUUCAUCCUCUUCUUCGGCUGCUGCUGGUACUUCAUCGUCGAUUAAUCAAGCAGUUCUCGAUAAUGCCACUUUCGUAGCUCAAGCUACUGCAAAUGCUUUAAUGAAGAACAAUGCUAUUCCAUACUGUUUAAUGAUAAUGGAGUCUUUCCUACCGCACUGGAAAAAUGUCGCUAACAGCGAAGAAUUGGUUACCGUUAGUAAUACGGCAAGUACAGCCACUGGACCUGUGAUUACAACACCAGGAGGAACUCCAACUAAUAACUUAUUGAAACCGACCCUAUACGGAUUAUCACCGGAUAUGCAACCAUUUUUUGCCCGUCAAUAUGUAAAGGGAUGCACAGACGUGUUCGAGCUCUAUCCACAGGUGCUAACCGAAAUGGCUGUCCGUUUACCGUAUCAAAUCCUCAAGCUAUCGUCUGGUCACCCAUCGUCGCACGAUUGGUAUCACUCACUGUGCGAGUACAUGACCAACACAUUGUGUGAGUACAUGAUGUACAUGCAAUCACCUGUGCUGCGCCGACAGGUACGUAAACUGUUGCUGUACAUCUGUGGAAACAAGGAGAAAUACCGCCAGUUACGAGAUCUGCACUCACUGGACACCCACAUGAAGGCUGUUAAAAAAUGUUGUGACGGACGUGCACUGCAAGUUCCUGCAGUUGGGUCUAAUACUAGCGCAAUUCUGAGCUAUGAUUCUCUCGUUGAUCUUACCGAACAUUUCCGUGCCUGUCAAGAGAUAGCCUCCAUUCGCACUGGCAAUUGGCAAAAGUUUUGCGUUAGAAACCCCGAUGUGUUGUCCUCGCUGCUAAACAUAAGUUGUGGUCAGUUGGAGGAAGGAGUUUCUUCAAUUAUACUACAACUGCUUCAGUCUGCUAUUUGCAAUACUCAAGGAAACAAGCAAGAUGCCACCAGUAGCGCAUCAACCAGUAUGAAAAUAUCCGUGAUCAAAGAUCGUAAAGAUCGUGACAAAUCAGAAGAAUCUGACACGGCUACUGAAUCGAAAUUCGAUCCGGCUCAAUGUGUAGCACUAGUAACGCAAAUCUUCAACCAAGUGUCACUGCAAACUUUGACCACAUUCAUACGCAGUUUUCUACUGGAAACAAACUCAACAGCAAUCCGGUGGCAAGCACACAGCUUGGUUUAUGCUUUCUACGAUAACAGUACCGAGUCAAACAAAGAACUUCUACUACAAUGUUUGUGGGGUUUAUGGCCUUUGUUACCUGCCUACGGUAAACGCACGGCACAAUUCGUUGAUCUACUUGGCUUCCUUACAUUGAACACUAAAUCGUUAAGCAACAAAUUGCCUGACUACACAGCCCAGGCCGUGUCCGUUCUCCGACAACAAAAUGAGCUACUAUCAAGACACCCGAACGCUCCAAUCUACACGGCACUUGGUCAUGUGCUAGAACUAGAAGGGUUCUAUCUGGAAUCGGAACCAUGUUUGGUAUGCAAUAACCCGGAAGUGCCCUAUUCCAACAUAAAACUAUCAACAAUUAAAGUCGACUCGAAGUUCACAACGACAACUACUAUCGUCAAAUUAGUACAGAGUCAUACCAUUUCGAAGAUCAUUCUACGCAUCGCUGAUCUGAAGCGUGCCAAAAUGGUGCGCACAAUUAACAUCUACUACAACAAUCGCACUGUACAGGCCGUGGUAGAGCUUAAAAAUAGACCCUCAAUGUGGCACAAAGCCCGCAGGGUCACAUUGCAGUCGGGCCAAACAGAUGUCAAAGUCGAUUUCUCGCUACCGAUAACCGCCUGCAAUUUAAUGAUUGAAUAUGCUGAUUUCUAUGAGACAGUCAGUGGUUCUAGCGAAAGCCUGCAGUGUCCGCGUUGUAGUGCUGUUGUCGCUGCUAGCCCCGGAGUAUGUGGCAACUGUGGCGAGAACGUAUUCCAGUGCCACAAGUGUCGUGCAAUCAACUACGACGAAAAAGAUCCCUUCCUGUGUCACUCGUGUGGAUUCUGUAAGUAUGCUAAGUUCGAUUACAGCAUUUUUGGCCGUGCCUGCUGUGCAGUAGAUCCGAUCGAGUCAGCAGAUGAUCGAACCAAAACUGUACAGACGAUUCAUGCUUCACUGGAAAAGGCUGAUCGCUCCUAUAAAACGCUGCAGAACAACAAACAGAUUCUCGAAUUGCUAGUUCAAAAGGUAGCCGAACACAAGCUGGAUCGCACGCUGGACGAAACACUGAUCGGGUCUGUUGUUGGGUCGUCCCAAGUUAAUAAGGUCAUCCAACUGUUGGCGCAAAAGUACUGUGUCGAAUCUAAGUCUACUUUUGAAGAGCUGAGUAAAAUUAUACAAAAGGUGCAGGCUUGUAGAAGGGAACUUGUUGCCUUUGAUCGUAGCCAAUCGGAUUCUCCUGGUGGCGGAACGCUGGCUUUGGCUUCCACCUCGGAGAGGACUGUUGCAAUGAAUAAGUGUUACGGAUGUGCUCUGGCAUCGACGGAGCAAUGCUUGACAUUGUUGCGUGCAAUGGCUUCAAACAUGCCGUGUCGAGUUGGUCUUUGCAAUCAAGGGCUGGUUCAAGAGCUCGCUCACAACAAUCUGCGCCGUGGAACCAAUCAAAUUCAGGAUGAAGUUCGUCAACUGUUGUGUUUACUAACGAGAGAUCUACCAGACGCUACCACUGAUCUUUGUCAGUUGCUGCAGGAUCGAGUCAAGAUGGCACUAAGUGGAACCGUCCCGCUAGCAAAUCUGGAUACUGCCGUUCGUCAUGAGAUGGCUUUGCUAGAAGCGAUGACUUCGCAGGACGAUUCAUGCUGGGAGCUGAAGCUUAAGACCGUUAUUGAGUUGUUCUUACAGGCCUCGAGAGAUGUCCGUGGUCCGGCAGUCGCUGUAAUACAGCCCUGUUUGCGUAUUGUACAAUCACUUAUGUGUCCACCGCUUCCAACCAGCAAAGCAAACAAGGAUCUUACAACACAAGAAUUGUGCACCGUUCAACCGAACGAAGGACUUACCGUUAGCUAUGAGAAAUGGAUCGCCGGAGAUCCACUGCAUUCGUUUGCUUCCUGGAAGGCCAGAAUGCCGCCGAUCACGGGAACCGCUACCCCUCGGGCAGAAGACAGUACUAUUCAGCUAGCGCAAACUGCCGCCGGUGGAGGGCCAAUUGGUCAGCCAACAACACCCAUCAGCACUUUCCGUUCGGCGCUAGAGCAGAAACGUAGUCAGUACAGAAACGCAUAUUUGUUUGAGAAGUAUGGAAAACGAUGGCGUCAGAAGGUACUUAGCAAGGGAGUCAAUGCGGUUCCACUGGAACUAACGGCAGCAUGGUUGCAACCUGUUUUAUUCAAUACAAAUUCUCGUUUGGGGCGACAGUUAACCUGCGCACUGGUAACAUCUUUAAGCAGGACUACGGAACGCAAACGGGAGAUCUUGGAUCUCUUGACUACCUUCCUAAAAUAUAUUGGUGAAAAUGGUGAAGCUAGCGGCGAGUUCAUCGCUCUCUAUAGAAUUUUAGCGGAUGAAACUCCGUGGCGUCAAUAUUUGGCAUUGAAAGGCGUCCUUUCAUUAAUAGCCGAUCUUCUGACAGUCGAAAUCGAGAAAAUACAUUGCUUGGAAGAAACAACACUCUCAUCGGACUUGGCACAGGGAUACGCCCUUAGACAGUUGGUAGAGCUAAUGGCCAUGUUCCUGGACAAUUCAUCCAUCAGAAAGGCGUUUAAGGGUAAACUGCUGGGAUCUGUUUUGCAAGGUUAUCUGAAUCUACGAAAGUUGGUUGUUCAACGAACUCGCCUCAUUGAUGAUGCACAGGAAAAGCUGCUAGAAAUGUUGGAGGAAAUGACAACUGGUACGGAAGAGGAGACCGCAGCUUUCAUGGCAGUUUGUAUCGAUACAGUGCGCAAAACUUCAACCUCCGAUGUAAAGACACCGGUGUUCAUGUUCGAGCGACUUUGUUCUAUUAUUCAUCCGGAGGAGAAUGACGUUGGCGAAUUUUUCCUGACACUGGAGAAAGACCCGCAGCAGGAAGAUUUCUUGCAAGGCCGGAUGCUCGGCAAUCCUUACCCAUCUAACGAAGCUGGCUUGGGUCCGCUGAUGAGAGAUGUUAAAAACAAAAUUUGUAUUGAUUGCGAGUUGGUUGCCCUGUUGGAUGAUGACAAUGGAAUGGAAUUAUUAGUGCACAAUAAAAUAAUAAGUUUGGAUCUGCCGGUUAAAGAAGUGUAUAAGAAGGUUUGGCUCCAAGAGGGUGGAGAGCGAGACGCAAUGAGAAUUGUCUAUCGUAUGCGAGGUCUGCUGGGAGAUGCAACAGAAGAAUUUAUCGAAACACUUAACGCCAAGAGUCAGGAAGAGGUAGACAAUGAGCAGCUCUAUCGCAUGGCGAAUGUUCUGGCGGAUUGUGACGGCUUGAAGGUGAUGCUCGAAAGAAUUGGCAGUCUGCAGAACGUGUCGAAAUCCAGAACUUUACUUCAAGUGCUGUUGAAGUUGUUCCUUUUGAGUGUCAAAGUGCGUCGCUGCCAGGAAGUAUUGUGCCAGCCAGAACUGGGAGCUAUUAAUACACUGCUCAGGGUUCUUCAGCUAUGCCUGCAAAGCGAAAACGAUGCUCAGCAAUCUGCGGUGACAGAAAAGCUGUUGGAGAUUAUGGAAACAAUUCUCUCUAAAGCGGCGUCGGACACUCUGGACUCUUUUCUGCAGUUUUCUCUUACCUUUGGUGGGCCAGAAUACGUGCAGGCAUUACUCUCGUGUACCAAUUGUGCAAACGUCCGCAACAGUCCAUCUGUUUUACGACAUCUAAUUCGUGUCCUGGCAGCUCUUGUUUAUGGUAACGAUAUUAAAAUGGCAUUACUGUGCGAGCACUUUAAAGAAGUAUUCGAUUUUAACAAAUUUGAUGCGGACCGUACCCCAGAGGAUGAAUUUAAAUUAGAAUUGUUCUGCGUUCUAACUACUGGUAUUGAGCAUAAUUCUAUCGGUGGAACGCUCAAAGACUACAUUAUGAGCUUGGGCAUCGUAGAAAAGGCUUUGGAAUAUAUUCGAAGCCAUGCUCCCUGCGUUAAGCCUACCCUGCUGAGAACGGAUUCCGAUGAACUGAAGGAGUUUAUUUCUCGAGCAUCGCUGAAGUACAUUUUGAGAUUCCUUACCGGGCUUGCAACCAAGCACGAGGCAACACAAUUAGCAGUAGCAAAAGAUAUUAUCCCUAUAAUACACCGUUUGGAGCAAGUGUCAAGCGAUGAACAUGUUGGAUCAUUGGCCGAGAAUUUACUGGAAGCUUUGUGUACGGAACCAGCGACUGCGAAGCGUGUUCAGGAAGUUCGCGAUUUUACUCGAGCUGAGAAAAAGCGACUGGCAAUGGCAACUCGCGAGAAGCAGCUGGAUGCCCUUGGAAUGCGCACAAACGAAAAAGGACAAGUUACAGCUAAAGGGUCGAUAUUGUCACAAAUCGAGAAACUGCGUGAAGAAACUGGUUUGGCUUGUUUCAUUUGCCGUGAAGGAUACGCUUGCCAACCGAACAAAGUCCUCGGAAUAUAUACCUUUACCAAGCGCGCAAAUGUCGAGGAGUUCGAGAUGAAGAAAAAAACCGUUGGUUACACUACGGUUACCCAUUUCAAUGUUGUUCACGUAGACUGUCACAUGUCGGCGAUCAGAUUGGCCAGAAGCCGUGACGAAUGGGAAAGCGCCUCGCUACAGAAUGCCAACACUCGCUGCAAUGGGCUGCUCCCACUCUGGGGUCCAGACGUUAGCGAAUCGUCUUUCUCAUCGUGCAUGGCGCGUCACAACAACUAUAUGCAAGAGUCAACUCAACGAUGCGAGAUCACUUUCAGCAGCUCUAUUCAUGAUUUGAAACUUUUGCUGUUCCGAUUCGCCCAGGAAAAGAGUUUCCAUGAUGACGCCGGCGGUGGUGGGCCUCAAUCCAACAUGCAUCUUAUCCCGUAUCUAUUAUUCUACAGCUUGUAUACUCUGCUAUCAUCUCGUUCCUAUUCUCGGGAGGAAAUGCUUCUUAGCGCGUACAUAACUCACAAGCCAUCGGAUCGUUGGUUAGAAUGUGCCUAUGAAGCAGAAGGCCCUCAAUACUUGAUUGCGAUGUCAUUGGCAUUGCACACACCCGGCAUAUGGAACCGUAACAAGUUAGCCCAUCUGAAACGCCUCAUCACUAUUGGUCAUGCUCGACACGUGAGUCCGAACACAAUCUGCAAAUUUAUUGCUCCCAACGAUAAAUCCCAGAAGGACUACAGCGUCUACAAACCAUACCUCAUGCUGUGGAGUUUGGUGGAUUUGAUCUACAAGAACUACUUCCGCACUGUGACUACUCCAAAGGAUGAAGACUGGCCCAUUUCAUUGUUCGAUUACAUUCGUCGGAACGACGAGGCAAUGCUGAAGAAUGCUGACGGUACUUUGGAGACGUUUACUGACGAGUAUCUACCGUGUACUUCUUUCGGGGAAUUUUGCGAUGUUGCGGGAUUACUUGGUGAUAUUGACGAUCCAGACGGUUGGAUGGAUGAAUUGUUGCAGUCUCUACCAUCACCGGGAUCUGCAGCUCCGUCUGGUGGAGCGGCACCAUCUACCAGUACUGGUGCUGGUGCUUCCUCUGGGACAGGAGGCAAUUCAUCGUCGACUGCUUGAGCUUGGCAUGAACUGUUGUCUUUCGAUAAUGACGUCGAUGAUGACGAUGAUUGGUGAUGGUGAAUUAUUUGAUACAUACUAAUCAGCUAUAUAACAUGUCGCGUUCUUGUGCUUCGCACCUAUAUUAAAACUAGCAAUCCAUACUACCAUCGGAAAUAUAAAUGCAAGAUGGACUUAUUUAACAAUGUGAGCAAGGCUCGUUCAAAUACAACAUACAAACUUAGUACUGAUUUGUUACAAUAUAUGCAACUAAAUAAUAUCUUAAUUAUAGUAAUACUUCAUGUGUGUCUAUGCAAAUUAAAAAUUGAUUCAGCAAUAA